AUGCAUCUAUUCAGCGGAAACAGACACAAACAGCUUUCGCCGGGUUCGCAGACUCCAGAGACGGCAGUCUCGGGCUCUCCUUCAGUUACUAAUCCAAACUCAACUAUGGGCAGAGGAAGUCCUUCUUCAGUACACCAGCCGGCUUUCACGCCAGUGACUCGGGUUUAUAGCAGCUCGAGAAUCACUGUGCCCAGCACGGCCAAUCAGAGUUCGUCAGGGUCUAGCACUCCUCCUUCAAUCAGAAUCUCGGAUGAACUGGCAUCACCAGUAGCACGCAUUGAAAGUCCACCAAGGAAACCACAGAAGAGUGUUAAGAGCAAGAAAGUUUCAUCCUCUUCAUCUCCGUCUCCCUCUUCACCUUCAAAAACUCCAAAGCGCAAAAAUCAAAAAGCACGAACUUCUUCUUCGUCAUCCCCUACAAAGAACAAGAAGGCGCCAUCGCAGCCGGUUCAGACUGCGGAAACCCAAGAGGAAUCGUCUUCUUCACCAGCCAGACGUAGACGACCUCCUCCACUUCCGCCCAUAGAUCCGGUCGAAGCCCUGCACUCGGUGUUAAACGAUAACAUAGCCGAACGUUGCCGCAAUUCAAUCGAUGAGCAACUCGAAAGAAGCACAAUCUUAGCAGCAGAUAUCAGUCGUAACCGUAGAAAGUCGAGAAUCAUCCGUCUGGAACAGGAUGAAACUCCAUCGUCUAGUCGGGUCACACCAGAAGUUGAAACAGUUCCGGUUCAUGAAGUGUUAUCCCCUAUACCAAAUGCUAGCAUUCCUGUAGAAAGUGUUGCAGGACCAGCCAGAAUGGAACAGCUUCUCCCAUCUCCAGUCGACAGUUCUGUAACUUCUGAGUAUAGAACUCUAGACCCUGCUGUUUUUCCUUCUUUGUCGACAACUCCUGUAGAUUUACCUCCUACUGUUACUGAGUCAUCUACUCCGGAAGUACAGGUGACUGAGAUAACGGCUCCGAUGUACAUCCAUGCUGAAACAGCAACAACUACCACGACUGAACUGUUGGAAAACUUGCCAUCUACGCAAGAGUCGAGCUCUAGAACCGACGGCGAUCGUAGAACAAGAAGAAAUGACAGUGAUCAAAAUAGACGAGAAAGAAGAGUCAGGACAGAUAGAAGUCGUCAGACUAGUACUACAGCUAAUAUGCCAGUAACUACUAGUCAACGAACUGGCUCUAAUCAAAGGGCUUCCAAUCAAAGAACUCGUGAAAGAAGACUUAGGAGAAGAAGAAGAAGAACCUCUAGUGAUGUGGAAAGCAUCCCUUCAUUACCUCCUCCUCAGGAUGAGUACACAGAUAUACAUCCAUAUUUACAUGAAGACUCACCUCCAUAUCGUGAAAAGCUUCACAAGUAUGUCGACUUGAUCUCAUUCGAUCCCAGAUAUACAAUUCCUGUGUUGCGUUUCAACAAGGCAUUGAUCAACAACGACAAGAAGCUUCAAAAGUGUAUUAAGAAAUUGAGCCAAUUCAACCUCUUACCUCUGGAGAUAAAUCUUUGGGAUGUUGACCAAGUAGAUGACCGAGAAUUCUAUGCGGUUCUCCCGUCGUUGUUGCCCGAACUUGACGGUAAUGGUGGUCCCCAUGUACUUGGCCAGGUUCUUGAAAUGGAGAGAAGGGAACAGGAAAAUACCGAGCUCCAGAUUGCGAUGGAAUUAUCGUUGCAUGCGGAAAAUCAGGUUGUACCUCAAGCCAUCCCAGCAAGCGAAGAAGAUAGUGGAGACGAAUCUACUUACUUCUACGAUGCGUUUGAAACACAGGCUUCAUUCUCCAGGUCCUCAGAUUUAUUCCGUGGUUUCCGUUAUCAGGAAGCUACUAAUUACGACGCUGCAUCAGUCAGCGAUACCAACAGUUUCAACGAUGCACUCAGCAGUAACCUCAGCAACAGCAAUAUCAACUUAGUUAAUGACCCCAAUCAAGUCAAUCUCAGCAACAGUCGAGAUCAAAUGGUCUCGCCUGCUGGAAGUAAUAAUCCCAUUGACGCAGGCCGGCUCAAUAUCCGCUUGAACAGCCCCUUGUAUCACGUAUUCCGGUAUAAUGAACCUGGUAUUUCGUCUUCCUCUAGUCAUCAUGGUCGUUUAGUGGACGUCUAG